CCAACGCAGGGCAUCAACUGGCUCUUUUUCUCCCUCUCGGUCAUUGCCCUCGCCUCGCGCCUUUACAUCCGGAUCACCGUCUUUCGUAAACUCAUCGCCGAGGACUUUCUCAUGCUCGCCACCCUGUGCCUGCUCAUCGCCGAUGAAGCUCUUGGUCAACGUUUCUCGGCCACCAUUUAUUGGUUCAUGGGCGUGCUCAACGGAACAAAAUCCUAUGGCACUGACCUGACUGGUUUUCUAGACGCGGCGAGCGCCAUGUUGAAGGCUCUCGGUUCCGCCAUCAUCUUCUUCCUUGCAGCCCUUUAUGUCAUCAAGGCCAAUUUCAUGUUCUUUUUCCGUCGGCUGGGCAGCCGGGGCUCCAAAUUGUUCUUCACAUUAUGGUGGAUUGCCUUCGGUAUCGUGAUGGCAUGCGGCGUUGUAAGCCUCUGCAUGGGCAUUCAGACAUUCCGUUGUCUCUUCAAUGGCAUCGUCUAUACGCUUGAAAAUUGCGAGUCGGACGCGGACCAGAACGUCUACUUCACUUACUUCAAGGUGACGGUGGCGCUGGACAUCAUCACAGACGCAAUAAUCAUCGCCUUUCCCAUCUGGAUCCUUUGGGGCGUACAAAUUUCCACGCGCAAGAAGGUGGCUCUCGGCGCCAUCUUCUCGCUCGUCGGCCUGACCAUAGUGGCGACGAUUCUUCGCGGCGCAAUCCUAACCAGCGUGUUUGAGGAAUCGGAAGCAGGAAAGACGAUCAAUAUCCCGUGGAUCUGGUUCUGGUUCCAUAUCGAGCUGUGCAUAUCCGUCAUAGUUGCGUGUCUCGUCUCCUUCCGCUCGCUCUUCAUGCACAAUCGCGAGCAGGUGUCUGGCGAGGCUCAGCGCCGGGCGGCCGCCCUCAGGCGGAGGAGGAAUUUGGGUCUUCGUGGGCAAUUCAAGUACUGGCAGGACAGUGUAUUCGAUGCAUGUCGGACGCUGGAGGGUCUGGAUUUCGAUGACGGGGUCACUCUG